AGUCAACAUCAUCAUCAACAUCAACUGGCGGUUGCAUAUUUGUAUAGAAUUGUAGUGUAAUGAAGUUGCUAUAUAAGGACAGUCCUCGUACCAUUGCACUCUGUUCAGAGACUCACGCACUCUUACUUCGACAGCUGAAGAAAGCGUCGAAAGUCAAUGUUGAAAUUGCGUCCAACAGCCAUGUCACUAAAGAACAAGGGUUCCGCACAUUGAUUAAGAGGGAAGUGUUUGGAUGUCUAGGUUUGAUCCAUUUGGACCAUCAGGUAUUUGUGGCUGUCAUCACUGGUGCCAUACUUAACGUGGCGAAUCCAGUCAACUAUGAGACAGUGGACAAAAUUUACUCUGUUGAUUUCAUAUCAUUAGCUUCUGACGAAUGGGACUUCGCUAACUUGGAUGCUAACGGAAUCCCAAUAGCUGUUGCUGGAUCUGAAGAAGACAACGAUUACGCCAGAGAGGUACAUCCUUGCCAGGAGUUGAAGAAGUUAUUGUCGAAUGGCUCAUUCUACUAUUCUAACGACUUUGAUUUGACUUCUCUAUUGCAGAACAGAGGUAUCUCCAAUACUAAAUUAUUUGAAGGAGCAAGUCGUACCAAACCUACCAAGACUGUAGAGCACUACCAAAAAGAGUACAUGUGGAAUUCGUUUCUUAUGGAUGAAUUGCUCAAAUUCAGAUCGAACUUAGAUCCCUAUGCCCAAGAGUCCAUGGACAACAACCAUUUUCUCACUACUGUAAUCAGAGGGUUUGCCAAGACUGUAGCUUUGAACUCCUCUCAAGAUUCUAUCACUGUGAUUUCAAAGCAAUCAUGGAAAAGAGCUGGAACAAGAUUCAAUGCUCGUGGUAUUGAUGACAAUGGUAAUGUAGCCAACUUUGUUGAGACAGAAUUUAUAUACUUUCAUCCAACUCAGUCUUCGAUUUUUUCAUUCACGCAGAUUAGAGGCUCGGUGCCAACAUUUUGGGAACAGGAUUCAACUUUGAUUAAUCCUAAGAUCACUUUGACGAGAUCCUUAGAAGCAACUCAGCCAAUUUUCGAUAGACAUUUCACAGAAGUAUGUGAAAAGUACGGAGUCUGUCAUAUUGUGAACUUGUUAUCCAAAACCAAGCCAGCUGAAAUUUCUGUUUCAAGGAGAUUUCGUGAUUUGUACGACGAUGCAGAACGUAAGGAAGAGAUCUCCUAUACAGAGUUCGAUUUCCAUCAUGAAACAAAACAAAGUGGAGGUUUUGCCGGAGCAACAAAAAUCCUUCCCUUACUUAGAGAUUCACAAGAACAAUUCGGUUGGUUCGUUUAUGACAUUGAACAAGAGGAAGUUGUGACCCGUCAAGAUGGUGUGUUCAGAGUCAAUUGCUUGGAUUGUCUUGACAGAACAAACUUGAUCCAGCAAGUUAUUUGCAAGAAUGUAUUGGACAGUAUUUUGCAAAAUCAAUCGUCUGGAAGCCAUCGUGAUAGAUUGGUGAAUGAGGAUAUAAUCAUAAAGCACAAUUCAUUAUGGGCCGAUAAUGGUGAUGCCAUCUCCCAAAUCUACACGGGUACAAAUGCCCUUAAGUCUUCGUUUUCAAGAUCUGGAAAGAUGAAUUUUGCAGGAGCUUUGUCUGACGUUACCAAAUCAGUGUCUCGUAUGUACCAGAACACUUUUGUUGAUGGUAAGAAACAAUCAACUAUGGAUGUUUUAUUAGGCUACGAUGCCAGAACGAGACCUGUAAAAAUAUUUGAUCCUAUCAAUGAUUACGUCAACGAACAAUUGAAAACACAGUCCAAUCUAUUCACUACUUGGAAUAAUAUUACGGUAUUCGCUGGUACAUAUAAUUUAAAUGCUUUGGAACCUGGUGCUAGACCUGUUGAUUUGACUGGAUGGUUGUUCCCACCCGAAAAUUCUAGUAGUGAACUACCCGAUAUCUUUGCCAUUGGUUUCCAGGAGUUAAUUGAGCUCAAUGCUGGGGGAAUGUUGAAUGCCGAUCCUUCAAAACCAUUGAAGUGGGCAAAGAUCUUGAAUGAUCAGUUAAACUCACAAAAGGAACAAUAUUUGCUUUUGAGAACAGAAUCAAUAGCUUCUAUGUCCUUAUUCUUGUUUGCAAAGAAAUCUCAAGUGCACAAUGUCACACAAGUGGCCGGAUCUUCACGGAAGACAGGUUUAGGAGGAAUGACUGCUAACAAAGGAGCUUGUGCUGUAAGAUUUGAAUUUGGGUCUACAUCGUUUGCUUUAAUUACAUCCCAUUUGGCUGCUGGUACUACUGCAGUUGUUGAAAGAUUCAACGACUAUUCUACAAUCAUGCAAGGGUUGACAUUCACAAGAAAUUACACCAUAAAAGAUCACGACCAUGUGAUCUGGUUUGGAGAUUUGAACUACAGAAUCUCGCUAGCAAAUGACCAAUGCAGGUCGCUUAUUGAACAUGGUGCAUUCGAUGAGUUGCUUGCUGUUGAUCAAUUGAAUGAAGAAAUAUCUCUGAAGGGUGCAUUUCAUGGGUUCAAAGAAGGACCGAUCAAGUUUUAUCCUACUUACAAGUUUGAUAAGGGCACUUCUGAUUAUGAUACAUCUGAGAAGCAAAGAGUUCCAUCUUGGACGGAUAGAGUCCUUUAUUUGUCAGCUAAGGAUAAAGAGAGUUUGAAGCUUCUCAACUAUAACUCUGUUAUGGAUAUCUUUGUCAGUGAUCACAAACCAGUAUAUGCCACAUUCAACAGUAAAGUUGAAUUCAUCGACCAAGACAAGAAGUUGAAGAUGUCUAAGAGUUUGUAUGAUAGUUACAAGUUAGAACAUCUCGGUGUUGGUGAGAAUUUACUAGACAUUAGUGCGGCCAACUCAAUCUAUUCCAAGAGUCCGGACCCCAAAACUAACGGAAACAGUUUCUCCCAUGAUGUUUUGUCUGAUAUGAAUUUAUUAGGUGUCGAAACAGUUUCAACACCCACUUCGGUAAAAAGUGAAAUUUCACCUAGACGAGUUCCUCCUCCUCCUACUAGCAGAAGACAGGUUGCCACAGACUUGACAACUGGAAGAGCCACGUUACCUAGAAAGUUACCUCCACCUCCAGAAACCGGCUUUUCUGUGCCUCCUCCCCCACCAGAAAGAAAAUCAAAUGCAAGUCUUGCAAUCCCUACUCCGAGGGUAGUCAAUCCUCCAUUUGGAUUUUCUACAACACCACUCAUUCCUAGCAGAUCCAAUUCUGCUACGCCUAACAUUUCGUCGCCAGUAUCAUCUCCUGUUUUAAAAUCUAAUGGGGCUUCACCACUUCACAGGACUAUACCUCCACUUCAUCCAUCACAUCCAUCGAACCCGGAAGUAAGCAAAUCAGAAACCCAUUUGCCACCUCCACUUCAAAAGGCAAAAACUGCUGUACCUGCUCCACCUCCUCCAAGAUUAGGAGCUUCUGUUACACCAGAAAUACCGAAGAGUAUGUCUGACUGGAAGCCGUUGGUGCCAAAGUAAAUUAAAGACAUUCCACUAAUGAAUAGCAUGUACGUUUUUAAAAUAUGUUACGUUUAAUAGAAUAUAUACACAUAGU